AUGUCUCUUGUUUGUAGAGCAAUUACUGCUAAUUUUUCUCAUGAACGCGGUAUUUUUACUUCUUCUUUCUCUUUCUCCUGCCACAAAUUUUCAACUGCGUCCAAAACAGAUUCAAUUUGUGUAAAUGAAGUAGAUGAUACUGUUUUCUUGAUUCGUAAAAUGAUGAGAGUGCGGCCACAGCCCUCCGUUUUUGAACUCAACAAACAAUUGCAAGUUAUUGUCAAGAUGAAACAAUACUCCGUCGCCCUUAAACUGUUCGACGAAAUGCGUCAAUGGGGUGCCCCUGUAAAUGUAUACACGAUGAACAUCUUGAUUAAUUCUUGUUGCCAUUUGAGAGGGGUAGACUUCGGUUUUGCUAUCUUCGGCAGCUUCCUAAAGCACGGUUACGAGGCAAACGUUACGACAUUCAACACUCUCUUAAAAGGUCUCUUUUUAGAUGGUAAUGUGGCCGAGGCGGAGAAAUUGUUCAAGAAGAUUUUAACUUUGAAACUCUGUGAGCCAGACGAUGUUACGAUUCUUACUGUGAUUGACGGGCUCUGCAAAGCUGGACGUGUUCAUACUGCCCGUGAUUUGCUUUUGUUGUUGGAAAAGACUAUCUAUAAACCCAGUGUUAAGGCCUAUAGUGCGGUAAUUAAUGGCUUAUGCAAGGGCGGAAUGGUGGAUAAUGCACUCGAGCUGAAGGCUUGUGCGAUUUCUUUAACUGUUGUUACUUUUAGUAUAUUGGUGGACGCUUUUUGCAAGGAAGGAAAUAUUAAAGAGGCUGAGGAUAUUUUGGAAAUUAUGAAGCAACAAAAUAUUAAUCCCGAUAUUGUCACUUACAAUGCGUUGAUAGAUGGGUAUUGUUUGCAAGGGAAAAUGGAUAAAGCGAAAGAGGUAUUUGAUUCCAUAGCGAGCAGCGGCCUUAAGCCGUGUAUUAUCAGCUAUAACUCUUUAAUCAACGGGUAUUGCAAGAACGGAAAAGUUGAUGAAGCUUGGUGUAUUUUUCUCGAAGUUUCUUCUAAAGGCUUAGAACACACGACAGUUACUUAUAACAGCAUGAUACAUGGAUUACUUGGUGAACAAAGAAUUGCUGAUGGAUGGAAACUUUUCAAUGAUAUGGAAACUCGACAAGUACAUCCUGAUUUAUUUACUUGCAAUAUUUUGUUGGAAGGCUUGUGCAAGACUCAUCAGAUUGCCGAAGCAUUUUCGUUUCUACGGAUGAUGGAAGAUAAAGGAGUAAGUCCUGAUAUAAUCACAUACGGUAUCCUGAUUAAUGGUUUGUGCAAAGAUGGGAAACUUGAAGAUGCGAAAAAUAUUUUGAACGAACUUCCAUCCAAAGGUUUGCAACCUGAUUGUCAAGUGUACGUUCAUUGUAAUAAAGAUGUUUACAAGGCAAUGCCAUUCUUAGAAGACAUGCACAAAAGGGGAUUCUCGGUCGAUGCAGCUACUUCAUUAAUGUUAAUUAACGACAUGCAAGGAUCUGACAAAGAUGAUAUUCUUCUUAAAUGA